AAGCCAGUCAACCACAUAAAGCCUAUCUCAACCUCGAAGCAACGGUUUAAACCAACCAUUCACUCUCUCUCUCUCUCUCUCUCACACAUAUCAGAAGAAAAAUAUAAUGGCUGUUCAUAUUCAUAACCCUAACUUUUUGCACACUCAUCAGCUCCGAUCAUCUCUUACAUCGGCCUCUGCAUCACCUGCUUCAUAUCACUUCACCAGAUAUUCUCCUGCAAAACAUCCCGGAUUCAUCUGCAAGUCCAAUAACAAAGAUGACUAUCUUAUUGAUGCUCCUGUGUCUGCUGGAGAUGGAUUCUCAUUCAGUGGAGGGAAGUAUUCGGAUCAACCGAGUCCAUCAGAUGAAUGGUUAAAGCAAGGCAAAUGGGUUAAAGCUCACAGAGUUGGUGGAUCUGGUGAAGAAGCCAAAGAUCCCAUUUUCGGACUAACAAUGGGAUCUAGCUCUCAAGCUUCAAAAGAUGUUUUCAGGUGGUUUUGUGUAGAAUCUGGGAAGGUAGACAGUCCUCCUGUUAUACUCAUCCAUGGAUUCCCAUCCCAGGCUUACUCUUACCGGAAAGCUCUUCCCGUCCUUUCAAAGAACUACCGCGCCAUUGCUUUCGAUUGGCUAGGAUUUGGAUUUUCUGACAAGCCUCAGGCUGGAUAUGGAUUCAACUAUACAUUAGACGAGUAUGUUUCGUCUCUUGAAUCAUUCAUUGAUGAAGUUACUACUACUCAGGUCUCACUGGUUGUGCAGGGUUACUUCUCAACCGCUGCGGUUAAAUACGCAAGAAACCGACCAGAGAAGAUCAAGAAUCUCAUACUCUUGAAUCCUCCUCUCACUCCCGAACAUGCUAAACUUCCAUCAACCUUGUCUGUAUUCAGCAACUUUUUGCUCGGAGAGAUUUUCUCUCAGGAUCCUCUGAGAGCAAGUGACAAGCCCUUGACGAGCUGUGGUCCUUACAAAAUGAAAGAAGAUGAUGCGAUGGUUUACCGAAGACCUUAUCUUACCUCAGGUUCUUCUGGCUUUGCACUCAACGCCAUCAGUAGGGCCAUGAAGAAGGAGCUUAAGGGCUAUACAGAAGAAAUGAGGAGCUCACUGAUGGAUAAAGACUGGAAAAUCCCGACCACCGUGUGCUGGGGACAACGAGACAAGUGGCUGAGCUAUCAAGGAGUUGAAGAGUUCUGCAAGAGUUCGGGCCAUAAUCUUGUUGAACUUCCAAUGGCUGGUCAUCAUGUACAAGAGGAUUGCGGAGAAGAGAUUGGGGGACUAAUCUCAAGAAUCAUAAGCAAAGCUGCUCUUAUCUAACUAGGGCGACUUCAGCAAGAAGAUAGAGAAACACACAAAGAUGUCAUGAACAACCCCAUUUGUUAAAAGAAAAAAAAACUCAAGUUUUAUUUCACAACCUUUGUGUAUUUCCAGUGGUGCGUACAUAUAUAAGUCAUUAGUAAGAUUUUUGUGCUAAA